AUGGCUGGUUUGAAGGACGUUGUUACUCGUGAGUACACCAUUAACUUGCACAAGAGGUUGCAUGGUGUUACUUUUAAGAAGAGAGCUCCAAGAGCUGUCAAGGAGAUUAAGAAGUUCGCCAAGUUGCACAUGGGUACUGAGGAUGUUAGAUUGGAUCCAAAAUUGAACACUGAGAUCUGGAAGAGAGGCAUCAAGGGCGUUCCUUUCAGAAUGAGAUUGAGAAUCUCCAGGAGAAGAAAUGAAGAAGACAACGCCAAGGACCCAUUGUUCUCCUAUGUCGAGCCAGUUUUAGUUGCUUCCGCUAAGGGUUUGCAAACCGUUGUUGUUGAAGAAGAUGAAGCUUAA